GUCCAACCACCCCGCCGGGGUAAACCAGUCCCACAGCCCUGUGCCAUCCUGCAUCGGACUCCUGUUCAAACCUGUAAACAGCACAACAGAUACUCUGACCCAAAGCCUGUAGGUGUGCAGAGAACUUUGCAAGGUAAGGAAACACCUGUGUCGGAUUAACUCGCACCUGGAUGUGAUGUGGAGGUAAAGUAAAUGGCAGAGGUUGUUCUCAGUGACAGCAUGGGGUGGGUGUUUUCUAUAGACACUGACAGACUGUGACCUAAUUUAUCAAGCUAUCUAGUCACAUUUUCUAAUACUUUGAUCUGUUUUUAGAAAUGUUACCAACAUGACUGUUCAUUGAGGUUUUGGUGGAAUUCAAUGGCUGUAGAGCUUGUAGGCUGGGUAGUGUGGUUGACUGAUGCCCCUAUAAUCAGGGCCUGAGCAUCUUAAAAUCCCAGCAAUCAUUAAUUAAGCUGAAAUCGUCUUGGUGACUGACACGUUAGAUCAUGGUGCUUUUGGAUGUUAACUGGAUAAAACGACGCUUGAAAUGGUUCAGGGUACUCUGGAUAUUGCCUGUAGGGCUGCGAUGGAAAUGUGUUGAUGCAGCAAAUAUACCGCAGCAGAGAGGGCUGUCAGGCCAGUGGGCUGGUUGGCACCGAGAUCCCGCUACAAUAAAAUCACAGCCUGCACCGGGGUUACAAAAGUGCUGGUGCAAGGGGAAAAAAUGUGGAUGCACAGAAAAACAGAAGGGGUGCUCCCGCUCUCUAUCCAAAUCCCCCUCUCUCUCCUCUCUCUCGCUCUUACCUGAGACUGCAAACCUCUCGCCCACUGCAGCAAAGACCAUGAAGCACCACACCGCCAGCAUGAUCUUCACAUAUUCCCCCGGAUUACAGCAUCGAGAGUCGAAAGAUGUAACGCGUCCGGCUGAUGGAGGGACAGAAAACAGCAAAAAGGCGCAGAGCAGAGACGAUGGCGAUAAUCGAGCGUGAAUCUGCUAAACAUCGGAUGCUGCGCGUCCUCUCAUCUCCCUCUCUCUCUGUCGCCCUCUCAGCUCCGGACAACAGCGACUCUGAGGAUCAUCAUUUGCAUAUCAGAAAGAUGAAAAAUGAUUCAAAACCUAUGCAUGUGGCGAUAAUCAAUACAGGCCCAAAGACUGAUCGAGGUGGUAAAACGGUAAUGAGCACCGCGGACGCAUAGCUCCGCAGGGCUGCGGGUGCGUAUGGAUAAGCCUUUAUGUGUGUGCGUGUGUGUAUUUGCGAAUCUGCGGUAUGCGGAAACGAAGGGAUGGGAAAAGCGGAGAGAAAAGCGUUAGGUUUGCGGUGAGGAGGACACGUGGGACCGUGGUACCCUCCCUCAUCCCAGGCAGCCUCCCUCUCUCGUUUCCAUGCAGCUCUGUGCAGGGAGAGGCUGCGACAGCCCGGCUGCUGCUUUCCAGCUGCACGGCCGGAGGAAAGCCAUACACGGGGUUAUGGUUCAUAAAUGUAGAUAUUUUGUCAAUGUAACUCCGUGUGUGAAUGUGGAAGUAUAAAUCAGAAUGACGGGACAUUAAACUGAUAGUUAUGCAAAGGAUAAAGGUGUGUCCUGACCUACAGAGGACUGAAACACAAGAGGCCCAGGUGUUUUAAACUCUGUUUCUGUGGAAACCAAUCAGCUGGUUUGACAGAAGCCAAGUACCAUUAACACAAACUUUAAAUUAAACCACAUAAACCUUGGUCACUCUACCAAAAACUUUAAAAAAGGUUUUUAUAACUGCAGAUAAUUUAAAAUCUGUUUGAGAAACAGGUUAUCAAUUAGCCAAGAAAUAUAUCAUUUGCAUGCUAAAAAUCCUUGUGUGUAUUCAAGAGUUGAUAUCCUUUGAGAAAGGGGUUUCACUUUUUGCAACUGUGACACUUUAUGCUCUUACACAAAAACUUUUAUGGAUCUUGGAACUGUAGAUGUCUUUAAGAAAGUGAACGGACAACAUCUUAGAAAGAAAAUGAGUUUUGGUGUGCUUUGAGCUUCCAGGGAGGUACUGUACAUUUGGCCUCCUCUUUAAAUUCAGAAAUAGACCAGCAUCCAAAGUAAAGCAUGGUUUCAGGCUUUAUCCCAUAAAAUACAGAGUUUUAGCAAGAAUUCAUCCGGCAAAGACCAGGCAGUUAUAGGGGAGACCAGAGUGGUUGUCACCCUCGUAAUCAAUCCAUCCCACAAUGUUUGACAAAAACUUACAGAAAUGGUAUCUUGCACUCUUGAAAAUUAAUUUAACAGCAAGUUAUCACCCAUCAAAGAUAUUCAAACACACUAUGAUAACCAACCCCAUCAUGGUGACACAAUUUAAGGAGUUUUAAAGGUGAUUUAGGUAGAAAUAAGAUUGUGCAUUGUGCAUUUGUCUGUGUGAUUGAAUUAUCUCAUGAAUUAUUUCAUCAAAUAUAAUUAAGAUAUUCAGAACUGCAAUUUUGCAGAUUUAAAGUCUUAUAGGCCUAUGCUUAUUAAAGUUUCUGUUUUAUGGAUGCAUGUGUGAGAAAAAGAUAAAGACUGUGUUUGUUGUAUGAGACAAUAUGGACUCUAUCAGAUCAUGUUCAUACCCACUGUCUUUCUGAGCUGAUAAAACAACAACAACAAAAAAAACAACCCAGAACAUAUCCAACAAAAAUCUGGGUUAGAGUGGUAACCCUAAAAGUGACCCCUUCUGACCUCUUGGCAAAGAUUUGUGACAGCUUUUCAUGGCAUUAGCUGACAAGCUAACAUUCUAGGUACAAAUCAAAACUCACAACAGAUGAGCAAACAAUCAAACAAUAUUUGAUUGUAAAUUAACUACUCAACAUUAACCCAUCCAUUCAAAAACAUUACCUAUAUAUAAAAAAAUACUCCACGAAAUGUCUUUUCACCUCAGAGAGGAAAAUUGCAUCAGAUCAAAUGUUUGAUAUGAACCUGAUGACACAGAGCCUUAGGUUUGGUUGUAAUAAACACUGACAUCCAGCCUUUUGGACAACAUACCCCAGUCCCUCUUAUUGUGAAAUAAAAAAUCCUGAUGUGUUAGCCUCGUCAAAAAAGCCACCAUCCCUCACAGCAAUACUUAGGAUGAUACAAUCCAUAAGAAUGUAAAAAGGGUAAAAUACUUAGACUGUCCAUAAAUCUGUCAUUCAGGUGAAUAUGACAGAUCCUGUGUUAGUUAAAAUAUGUCUCAAAGAGAGAUUUCCAGCAUAUACACAACUAGCUUCUUAUAAAACUAUAAUUAAAGAACAUCUGAACAUCAGCAGUUCCUCAUAUGAAGCUGUUUGAACCCUGUGACCUGCUCCUUCAUGCAGAUGAGUCUUCCAGUGGUGAUCCUGCAACACACCCCUCUAAUGCAGGCACAUCAUACUGACAGCCCCCUCUGAAUAUUUCAUCUACCUCAGUUUGAAACAACCAGGAAGUAAGAGACAGUGGAGAGGAGAUGGAUGGAAGAGCAGCAGUGAGAGCACAGCACCAAAUUUUCCUUUUGGCCUAUUAGGGAAAACAGGCCUCUAAGUAACAUCUAUGAUUCCUCUGUAUUUGAACACCACAUGCAAAGUCCUGUUGCUGUUUUUUAAUCAGAAAAACAAUGAAUGGCUGCUGAUUGGUGCAGAUAUAAUUGAUAAACUAAAAAGACACCAGUGUAAAGUCAGGGCUGCUUUGACUUUGGAAACAUAUAGUAAGCUAUUUAGACCAGUGGUUCCUCAGGGUGUGAGGCAAUUGGAUAAAAAUUAAGAAUUUGAUUCAAUAGAUCUCCACCUGCAGACGUGAUCAUAAUGAAAUAUCUCAAGAUAUCCAGUUCUGAGAUAAAUCGGAGGUUAACACCAUCUUUGGAGGUUAAGGAAGCGGUAGAGAAAGUCUCACUUAAUACAAGCUGGGACAUGCAAUUCAAGUUAAUCAGGGACCCUGUAGUGAGAUAUUUUACAGCAGAGUGAAGGGAUAAAAAAGGUGGGAUGUAAUCCUCUCAAGCCUUCACUAAAAUGACUGUAAAAAGAGGAAGCCGAAUGUGGGAGUCUUGAAAGUCUGAGACACACUGCCCUCUGCAGCAUGGACAACUGUAUCACACUUCACCAAUAUGAUGAUGCACAACUGUGAGUGGAGUCAGAGUGACUAUGAGAGCUUUAAAAAAUCUCCAUUAACUAGAAUAUUUAAAUGUACGUUUAUAGUCUUCAGAGCAAGAAUAUAAUACAGUCUUUGAAUCAGAAUGGACAACCAGAGGGAUUUGGUGCUUAAGGUGUCAUGGAUCCUCAAAGGAGGCCAUUUAAAGUCUUUACCACCAGGUUAUAUUGGGGUCCCCAGAUUUCUGUUAACUAUCUCACGCGAAAGUUGCAUCGUUGUAAACCAGCAUGCAUUAUUUCUUGAUCAAUCACAGGACCCUGUGUGCUUUGGGCAGCUGGCACAUGUACUGACAUGCCUGUUUCACGCUUCUUUUCACACAGCUGAACCCUGCAGGGUAAUUAGGUUAAUGAGUUUCAGCUUUCCAUCCUUAGCAUUGCGAUGUGAUGUAUCGAUGAGCAGCGUGCGCUGUCUGACUCACAGCCUGGUGGCCCCACGCUGCCAAUUAACCAAUUGAGUUCUCUCAAGAAGCUAUAAGAAGAGCUGACAACCGCGGCGGCCUCACAUUAAGACAUUUUCUGUUUGAGAAGAGUUCACACAUUAGAGAAAAUGAACGGAAUCCGCUGUGGGAAACCUGCUGGCGGUCCGCCACUGCAGCUGUUUAACUGCUCCCACGCGAACUGUGGAGCGACUUUCACCAGACAGUGGAGGCUGAAGGAGCACGAGACGGCGCACACCGGGGCGGUGAGGAACGCCUUACAAGUUGCACUUAGCAAGUUGUGAAAAACUACAGCACAAAUGUCUGGUUUCUUGGUUACAGACUAUAUUAAACUUUCAAAAAAAAAUCAAAUAAAGUUGACUGAGGUUUGAAUGUUUAACCAAACGUCCACAGCGCCCGUGUCAGUGCGCGAUAGCAGGCUGUGGUCGGCGUUUCACGAGAAAGUCCCACCUGAGCCGCCACAUGCUUCAACACAGAGGCUUGAAGCAGUUCAAGUAAGUUACAGGUGUUAAGCUAUUUGACUUUGUUGCCUCUGACGACAACUAACUCCAGUUUAUCCGCAGGUGUAAAUUCACGAGCUGCGUGAAGAGUUUCCUCAACACGGGUCAGCUCAAGAGGCACGUGCGCUACGUCCACGGGGACAAAGACAAGUAUUUCAAGGUUUGUAUGACUAGGUUUGUGUCCACGAGAUGGCGACAAAGUGCCACUUGGAUAAAGCCCUGCCCUGGAUGUUGACUAGCUACACCUCUUUUUUAUGGUCGUUUGUGCCUUUUUUAACCACUUCGGUGUUUUUCUCCCACAGUGCAAACAGCCGAAUUGCUCCUUGACUUUCAAAAAACGUAGACUGUUGAAACUACACUUAAAGCAACAUGAAGUGGCUGCUAAAUUCAAGUAUGUCUGUAGUAAUACAACACUGUUGGUCUGAUUUAACACAUGGCAUAGAUUUUGCACAUAGGGGUUUAACAAAUGCCAGGUCACUGACCCAGUUACUGUCUUUAUUUUUACCUCUUCCUGUCUCCAUGGGGUACUUAGGUGUUCAAGGAACGGGUGUGCUGCAACUUUCAACUCCCAUAUUGCCCGCAAAGCCCAUGAGAAAAAGCAUGCAGGUGAUACUGUCUUUAACUUUCCCUUUCUGUUGAGGAAAGAAAAAGGCCCUGAAAGUCUUUCAGGAUAAAAUAUGUAUAUCUUUAUUUGUUUAAUGAAACCUCGCUGAUGCAUGCUGAUGUUGUAUGAUUCAAUGAUUGGCUCACCUGCCUUGUUGUUCGGUCUCUACAGGCUACCGUUGCCCUCAUGAGAACUGUCAGGUGAUUGAACGCACCUGGGGAAAACUCCAGAAGCACAUGGUCAAACAUCCAGGUAAAUCAGAUAUGUUGAAUAAUAAAUUAUUUCUGUGUGAAAAGGCUUCCCCAUGCCUUUUCACCAGACCCACUCUCCCCACAGCACCUUGAUUAUAUCAAGUGAGUUCACCUGUGCCUGAGUGAUCAGUGUGCAGCUCCUGAGUGUGUUUUUAAAAAGAGCAGCCAGACAUUUCCAGGUGUGUGUGUGUGGGGCUGGUAACAGCCUGCUGUGAGGCUGGAGUUUUCUUCCGUGGUUAGACCUGUUGUUUAGUUGCUUCUGUUGAUUUCCCUCAAAAUUUUUUGAUCAAUAAAAUAACUGCUUCAUUGAGACCUGACUGCUGACCGGGCUUUUUUAAAUUUUUUUUAACUUUGGUGCUCCAUCCUAUGGUUGAGAAAGACACAGAUCCUUUUUGGGUAGAUUUACAAGGGGUAAUUCUACAUACUGUUUUUUUUUUUCAUGUCUAAAUGUCUGACUAUGUUUUUCAGCCUCCUUCACAUGCCAUGCAUGUAAGAAGGUGUUCAAGAAAGCCGAUGCUCUGCGGAGGCACAAACGGAUCCAUGCUUCCCACAAGCCUGUGCUGGUUUGUCCUAGAGAUGACUGCCAGGCCUACUUUUCUACGACUUUUAACCUGCAGCACCACAUUCGUAAAGUGCACCUUGAGCUCCUGAAAUAUAAAUGCUCCUUCCCCGACUGUCCACGUGUGUUUGCUAUGCGGGUAAGCGACACAUCUGCUAGAGAGUUUACUAUUUUUAUUUUGUCAGACUUUAGCCUCAAAAACAUUUCCUGGAGGGCUUUACUGCAUGCAAAACUGACAUUUAUAGGAGAAUACAAAUUAAUUAGGAUGCCUGGCAUGAGAUCUACACAUUUCUUAUGCAUAUACAGUUAAAUUAUGUAUAACAUUAUCAGUUUGUUCUACUUUACAGGAGAGUAUGACCAGACACCUGCUUCGCCAUGACACAAGUGCCACCUCUUUGAAGGUAAGUGAGUCAUUCAGCUAAAGUUCAGAUAUGGAUUAAAGCUGAGCUAUAACUGUUCAGCCUGGGGGUUAUUGAUCAUAGAAGUCUCUUUCGAGUUCUAGUGUGUCCUCACUGAAUGAAGGAAACGUUUAUCUGAAAAGCUUUUAGAUGAUUUGAUGUCUAAACAUGUCAAAAUAUCUGCUCCAAAUUUUUCCUCAAACUAUUGACAUAAACCGUGUUAUUUCCUCGGCCAACAGAAACGCCAGCGUCCUAAAAAGUCCUGGCAGAAGCGUCUGGAUGGACACCAUCUGCCCCUGGUGGAGGAGAACUUACACCGCCUCUUUGCCAUGCGCAUGCGGCUCUCCCGGCGUACCAAAGUGGAAACCAACCUCUCGGGCCUCUUCAACGAACGCAAAAUCCCGCAUUAUGUUGACCCAGAAGUCAACCUGCGCAAUCUGUUUGGCAUCAAAAAGCCUCGCUCUGUGGAGGAGAAGCCUGAGGCUGCACCACUCAAGUGUUAAAUGAAAUACAUCUAGACACUAAAUUUUGAUUUUUAAGUUUGAGCUUCUGAGAGCUGUAGUUUUAAGUUGGAUCUAUUUUCUUUUGUUCUUUUGAGGAUUUAGAAAUUGGGUCUCCUGGGUUGAAGUAUAUAUGAUAAUGUAGCCGAAAUACAUUAAAAUAAAGGAGUUUAAAGUAACUUAUAUUUUUAAGCUGAAUUCAAAUUAUGAAGAUGUCUAGAAAAUAAAACUAAGUUGAAGCUCUUUGAAGACCACAGGUCUUAUCUAAACUGUUUGUUUUUGCAGUAUUGCACUUGUUGACCCAAUAAAAAAAUAGUUGCAAUUGAUUCAAA